AUGGAUUUGGACGUGGGGCCGCUGAUCAAGCUCCCGAAGGGAAUCGCUGAAGACAUAAACGACCCAAUUGAUGUGCUCAAGAUAGACCCGCUAUUCAUGCCCAAACCGGACAAAGAAACAGAGCCAGUCGCGGAGAAGAAACCGCUGAAUUUGUCCACCAAAGAAAAUGAAAAAUCAAGCUCAAAAGAAGAGCCAAAAAAGGCUGGAGAGAAGAAACUCAGUACUAGUUCUUCUCUUAGCUUGAAGUUCUACAAGUGCAAGUUCUGCUACAAAACCUUCACUUCAAAGGAAGAUCAAAUGGAACACUCUGCGAGAGCUCACUUGAUAUGUUCGGAGUGCCCAAGAAUGUUCGAUUCUCGUGUCGGUUUGCGAAUACACAAGGCCAUCGGCCACGGACCCUUCAAAUGCGAGCUCUGUCCAAAAACAUUCAAGAGUUUCAAGCAACGCGACGCACACCGCCGUGCCCAUAUGGACAAAGGACCCCUUAUCUACUCCUGUCGAGACUGCGGAGAGAAAUUUUCCACAGAAGAGGGAGUCAUUUGCCACAAAUCAAUUUACCAAGGCUGCUGCGAGCACAGCAAAAAACUGCCUAAGCAAAACAACUACCGAGAUCGCCGAGCUCAACGAGUUGCGAUCAGUACGCUCAGAUCUGUGAAAAUCAUCUACCGCCUUCCCAAUGACGCUAAUUUACUCGUUGUGUAG